UGUUGACACGUGUCAGAACUUUCGGCCUAAUGUUGAACGAUAAUCAUAACGCAUCCCGAUAUUAAAAGAACAAAUAACGCCGACUGAAAUAUCGAUAGAAUAAAAAACAAAAACACGUCACGUAAUCCGGACGGAGGCUGCUGGAAAAUCGCAGGCGGUGAACCAGAGAGAAUCGAUAGAAUAAGCUCCGUGAACUAGGAGCACCCAGCAAUUACCAAAAAAGCAGAUAAAAAACCAACAAUGAACACACAAAUUGUGGUAUUUUUGGUGGCCCUAAUGAUGCAUUGCAUAUCCGCAGUGGAAUUCACCUUCGAUCUGGCCGACAAUGCGGAGGAUUGCUUCUACGAGGAAAUCAAGAAGAACUCAAGUGCCUACUUUGAGUUCCAGGUGUCGGCCGGUGGGCAAUUGGAUGUGGAUGUCACCCUGAAGGAUCCACAAGGCAAAGUCAUCUACAAAUUGGAGAAGGCCACCUUUGAUAGCCAUCAAUUUGUUGCCGAGACGACAGGCGUUUAUACUGCUUGCUUUGGCAAUCAAUUCUCGGCCUUCUCUCAUAAGAUCGUCUACGUGGACUUCCAAGUGGGCGAGGAACCGGCUCUACCGGGUGUGGAUGAACAUGCCACGGUGCUCACACAAAUGGAGACAUCAUCUCAGGCCAUUCACAAGGGUCUCAACGACAUUUUGGAUGCCCAAACGCAUCAUCGACUGAGGGAGGCGCAAGGUCGCAAACGGGCCGAGGAUCUCAAUCAAAGGGUUAUGGUGUGGUCAUCGCUGGAAACGGCCGCCGUCAUCCUGAUCGGUCUCGUUCAGAUCAUGGUGCUAAGGAAUUUCUUUACGGACCGAAAGCCCAGCCAGGCGCACUAUGGUCGUCUCUAGAGGAUUGGGUAUUGCAACGGGAGCUAGUUUUGUUCUAAGCCCUUGGAUGGUAAGGGAGCGCCCCAGUCCCUCACCCUCCAAAACUAUCCCUAAUUAAAUCCCCGAAAUGUUGUCAAUCUCGUCUUAGCCACAACGUAUUCAUUCCUCCCCUCAAGGGCGUUUCUUUUCGGGGGGAAAAAAAUGGCCCCCAUAAAACAUGUAAUAUUUUUUUGUUAAGACCCCACCCGGAAAAACAGAAUGUUUUUUUUUUUAAAUACAUGCAAAAACAACCAUAACUCGAUAGCUAAAGGUAAA